UUCAGUUUGGCAUUACUUUUCUUUCCCUGCCCUUUAUUCUCUCAUUCUGCAUACAUACGACACUCUUCAAAACUUUGUUGUGCUUUGUUGUGAUUGCGUUGCCAUUCCUUUUACUCACUUUGUCCACCACACUGCAACCACAUUCUCAGACCUUAAAAAAAGCACUUUCUUCUUCACAACUUCAUAGAACGCAAACAACAACACAACAUAACAAUAGCGACUUUCAAGAAGAAUGUCUUCUCAAGGAAGCCACACUCCGAGAACACAGGGCUUACAAGGCUCUGUGGGACGCAAUUGGAGAGCAGUGACAGCAGCCCGCAAUGCCAGCUUGGCUCCCGCUAGUGCCUCACGCAUGGCAGGGACACUGUUUUACUCCGUACCCACUAUUGACAAUGAUGCUGAUGACUCUGACGGAGAAAGAAGAGAAGAUGAAUUGCCAUUACGACCGUCAUAUAUGCCUGACUACGACUCUGAAGACGACGGAUCAGACUCAAGUACACAUUCGCCUCCCAUGUCCCUAUUCCUUGACCGGCAACCGCAGCAGGAAGAAUCAGCAUUAACGCCGGCUGCCAUUUAUCUGGAUGUGCCGCCUCCUGUUUCUUCAAAAUCCAAGGUCAAUGGAUCUCUAGGCGAGCAACUAUUGGAGCCAGCUGCAAUUCCUACCGGCCCUGUAGGUUGGACAUCAAUAUCCUACAAGCGUACUUACAAGGAUCCUUUCUUUGCUGCCUUCUACAUCUUUGCGCUGAUUGUAUAUUUUAUAAUUGGGAUCGUCUUGCUGUUUACAACAAACGUAAUCAACGGAGCUUGCUUGAAAAUUCCAUUCAAUUUUUCUUCGCAUUUGCCAAGUCUCUAUUCUAACGCGCAAACUUUACAGUCUUCACCGCUAGAAGGGCGAAUCCCUAACGUAUUCUCUGCUAUUAAAUCGAGUGCCGGAAUGUUGACCUUCGUGAUCCUCGUAUCGGCUGCGCUGGGCACACUAUGGCUGAUCACACUGCGGUCCUUCACAAGGCCUGUUGUAUGGACGACGGUACUUUCAGUACCGUGUUUUGCACUUGUGAUAUUUAUUUGGUCGCUUGUCUCAUCAUUUCAGGGCCCAAGGCUAGACGACGGUGCUCGAGAUCCGCAGGAUACCGGAUUGACUUUUCUUUCGUUGCUACCAUUGGGUAUUGGCUCGCUAUUUUUGGGUGUAAUAUAUUUCCGACGGCAGUAUGUCGCACAGGCCACAGCCAUUAUUGAGCUCGCAUGUGAGAUCCUCAAGGACAAUCCGGACAUGUUUUUUGUCUCUUUCGCCUUAAUGCUCGUCCAUGUUCUAUUCACGGCGCUUUGGUUGAUUUUCUUUUCUCGAGUAUUUUUGAUUGGACAUGUCGAGGCUACCGUUGGAUCCAGAAAAUGGGUUAUGGAGGACAAUUUUUACCCUAUUGCUGCUUUCAUGAUAUUUAUUUACAUGUGGACAUCCGCUGUACUAAGCAACGUUCAGAGAGUCACCUUGGCAAACGUAGUAUCUAAGUGGUACUUUCAUAGGCACGAGCCGUUUGCAUAUCAUAGUUCAAAAAUAACUGAACCAGCAUUAAUCAACUCCACAACGACAUCGUUCGGAUCUGUCUGCCUGGGCGCACUCUUCAUUGCUAUCGUUCAAUUCAGCUCGUUUGCCCUUCGGAAUACAGCAAAGAAACUCAAAGAGAGCUCAUACUCACUCUUCGUUUUUCUUGCGACAUGCUGCUCAUUGAUUCAAGGGCUCAUCGAAAAUUUCAAUAAUUACACGCUGAUAUAUGUUGGAAUCACAGGAGAAAGUCUAUUUUCCGCUGCACGCUCAGCGAGCAAGAUAUUCCAAAGAAACCUCUUGGGGGGACUACUCUUUGAUUUUUUGACUAAGCUGAUCCUGUUCAUAUAUUCCACCCUUUUCUCGCUCUUAACGGGAUUCGCGGCAUAUGUCUUUGCGACCCAUACUCUCCAGUCAUCGUACGGUUAUGUCAUCGGUAUCUUGUCGUGCGUCAUCCCAUUCUAUGUCACACGAUUCUUCACCUAUAUCAUGGCCAUUACAAUCGAUGCGAUAUUUUUAUGCUAUGCUAUUGAUCUGGAUACAAACACCUGUCACUGUAACAAAGCCCAUAGCGCCUUCAGAGUAUCAUCGCAUUAGAAAAGCGCAUCAAGGUUUGAUGCAAAUUGAGGUGCUUUUCGAAUCAAAACAAAGAACAAAUCAAAAGUUACUUGUCUUUGAUGGGAUAAUAAACUUUUAUAAAAAUACAAAGC